ACUUCUUAUUCCAUACUCCGAUUACAAAGCAACUGUUAGAUCUUAUGUCCGUGAUUUACUGCGAAAGAAGUGGAACACUCAAUUCCUUGUCGCCGUGUACAACAUGGAUAUCAUGCAGCGAUCUAACACACUCUGGUUGUUGACACUUGUUUGCGCGUGGCAGCCGUGUACAGCCUUGGGUAUGGCUGAUGCCAUUGUUGCUGGCUGUGUUGGAGGCAUUGUCCUUGUCGUCAUCAUCGUCAUCAUCAUCGUUGUCAUUGUGUUGCUGCGUAGGAAACGUCGACAAAGACAUUUCUUCUCAGACACUGGGGCAAUCUAUGAGAAUGUGUCUCCAACGAGGACAGUUCUACCACUUGGUGAUAAAGGUGAAGCACAGAAGACAAACGGGAAGAAGCGAGCUACUCAACGUAUGCCGGAGGAGAAGAAAAAGAGACAGAAGUCCAUGGAUAUCGAGACUGUGUCGCCCACCGUCGCCUCCAGCACGGAGAUCCAUAUCUCCACACUGGGAACCUUCGUCGCUAAAAUGAAGAAGGCUGGGAGAUUUGAAACGGAAUACCAAACACUACCUUCCGGGUUCAUGGGGUCAUAUGAAGUGUCCAAGAAGCCGGAACACAAAGGGAAGAACAAGUUUAUCGGAUUAUACCCCUAUGAUUACAACCGAGUUGCUCUGCCCGCCAUCCCCGGAGAGCCUGGCUCCACCUACAUCAACGCCAGUCACAUCAAGGGAUACAAGAACGACAAAAGCUACAUUGCGGCUCAGGCCCCGAAAGAACAAACUCUUAACGACUUCUGGAGAAUGAUAUGGGAACAGAACUGUGGAAAAAUUGUCAUGCUCACCAACCUGGUGGAAAAAACAAAGGUAAAGUGUGAAAGGUACUGGAAUACCACGAAGCCACUCCAAGCUGGGGUAUUUACUGUCACUGUCGCGAGAGAAGAAAAGAGGUCACACUGGGUCAUUAGAGAAUUCAUGGUCCAAAACAAGGAGACCCGACAUACGAAGACCGUCCUACACUUUCACUUCACGGCCUGGCCUGACCAUGGUGUACCGGAAGUGACUUCACUUAUGGAGUUUGUUUGGGGAGUGCGGAAAACAAAGUCAUCGUUACAAGGUCCUCUGCUUGUUCACUGCAGUGCGGGCAUUGGCCGGACUGGGACGUACAUCUCUAUAGACUACUCUAUGGACAGAGGUCAGUCGGAACAGAAACUAGAUGUGUUCGGGUAUGUGUCCGAGCUGCGGGCCCAGAGGAAGGACAUGAUACAGACCCACGAGCAGUAUAAAUGUGUCCACCUUGCCCUGGCUGAAGCAUUCUCCAUGGGCGACACAACACUGUCGGGUCAGAAGUUCCGGGAGAGGAGGAGCCAGGAUGGGAUGUUCCAGAUAGGAAACUGCUCAGGGGCGAAACUGCUAAAGGUUCUCAACAGUGAACGGAAAGGAUCAGUGACCACAGGUAAAGGUGGUCAGUUGUGGGUAAAUGCCAAACAGGAUCACUAUGCUGUAUACGUGCAGUCCCACCUGAGUAAGUUCGGCUACGUGGUGAGCGAGGUGCCCUCAGUGGACAACGCAGAAGGAUUCUGGAAGAUGGUGGAGGACAAUGAGUCGGACGUCGUCGUGUUCCUGCCAGAAGCCAGCAAGUAUCUGCCCAGUGUGUGCCCGGAGGGGGAGUCAACAGACUGGAGCUCCAUAUCAGUGAGGAGCAGGAAGGUGGUCCUCGUCGACAAUCAGCUGACGUGUCGGAACAUACAGCUUCGAGCAGAGAGCAACCCUAACGCCAGCCUGAAUGUCAACGUCUAUUCAACAUCUUCGUCGUCGAAACUGACUUUGAGUGACUUUCCAGAGGUCAUCCAACAGCUAGAUCGUCCAAGAAACGCCAAAGGAGAUCCACAUCCGAUGACCGUCGUGUUUGGACCAAAGGAAAAACAAGUGGCCGUGAUGUUUUGCGUCAUCAACAACAUCCUUCAACGCUGUUGCCAUGACGAUGAAGUUGAGAUUGUCAACAACAUCAGGAGACUAUCAUAUUUGUUCACACACGAUGUGACUAAGAGUGACCUUGCCACCCUGUACAGCAUUGUCCCAUGUCCAGGUGACGAGGACAUGGGCUCGGUGUAUGUCAACGUUAGCGAUGUGUGACGGUGGACGAGGAUACAUAGAACAGGACAAAUAGCGAGGACUCUGGGAAACACGCACGUUUGCGGCGUGAAGUAUUUGCUAUUCUUAUCAGGCCUCUGACCUGGCGUUGGAUAACAAACAUUUUGUCUGCAACAGACAAAUUAUUACAUCCCUGUUCGUCCCACCCUCUAACUAUCACAACAACCACCUCUAGUUGCCGUAACCAUUGUGAAAUGAUCUGUUCCACAAACUCUUUAGCAAAGAUGAAGCCUUGUUUAAUUAACGUCAGUACAUAAGUGUAUUUGUAAUGUACUGCGGAUGUGUGUGGACUUGAAACAAUUCCUAAAACACAUUUUGUGUGAAGAUAUGUUUGGAAAAAGCGAAAUUCUUUGACUGUGUAAGAAGACAUUGAUGUACGCCCUCUGAAAGGGCAACCAUAAUAUAAUGCAUGCAUUUCACAGAUUCUGUGCUCACAUCCAUUACCCGUGUUACAGUAAUAUAACCGUGUGUGUUCCGUGUUAUCCGUAUAUUAUCUGUACAUAAAGCUGUGAAAUGAUACUACACACGGAAAUACGUGUACAUACGUCUAUUGUAUCGGGAAUGAUAUACUGUGUAUAUACGUCUAUUGAAUCGGGAAUGCUAUACUGUGUAUAUACGUCUAUUGUAUCGGGAAUGCUACACUGUGUAUAUACGUUUAUUGUAUCGGGAAUAAUAUGCUCUGUGUAUAUACGUCUAUUGUAUCGGGAACGCUAUGGUCUGUGUACAUACGUCUAUUGUAUCGGGAACGCUAUGGUCUGUGUACAUACGUCUAUUGUAUCGGGAAUGCUAUACUGUGUAUAUACGUCUAUUGUAUCGGGAAUGCUAUGCUCUAUGUACAUACGUCUAUUGUAUCGGGAAUGCUAUGCUCUAUGUACAUACGUCUGUUGUAACGGGAAUGCUAUGGUCUGUGUACAUACGUCUGUUGUAUCGGGAACGCUAUGGUCUGUGUACAUACGUCUAUUGUAUCGGGAAUGCUAUACUGUGUAUAUACGUCUAUUGUAUCGGGAAUGCUAUGCUCUAUGUACAUACGUCUAUUGUAUCGGGAAUGCUAUGCUCUAUGUACAUACGUCUGUUGUAUCGGGAAUGCUAUGCUCUGUGUAUAUACGUCUAUUGUAUCGGGAAUGCUAUGGUCUGUGUACAUACGUCUGCUGUAUCGGGAAUGCUAUGCUCUGUAUAUAUACGUCUAUUGUAUCGGGAAUGCUAUGCUCUAUGUACAUACGUCUGUUGCAACGGGAAUGCUAUGGUCUGUGUACAUACGUCUGUUGUAUCGGGAACGCUAUGGUCUGUGUACAUACGUCUAUUGUAUCGGGAAUGCUAUACUGUGUAUAUACGUCUAUUGUAUCGGGAAUGCUAUGCUCCAUGUACAUACGUCUAUUGUAUCGGGAAUGCUAUGCUCUAUGUACAUACGUCUGUUGUAUCGGGAAUGCUAUGCUCUGUGUAUAUACGUCUAUUGUAUCGGGAAUGCUAUGCUCUAUGUACAUACGUCUAUUGUAUCGGGAAUGCUAUGCUCUGUAUAUAUACGUCUAUUGUAUCGGGAAUGCUAUGCACUAUGUACAUACGUCUGCUGUAUCGGGAAUGCUAUGCUCUGUAUAUAUACGUCUAUUGUAUCGGGAAUGCUAUGCUCUAUGUACAUACGUCUGCUGUAUCGGGAAUGCUAUGCUCUGUAUAUAUACUUCUAUUGUAUCGGGAAUGCUAUGCUCUAUGUACAUACGUCUGCUGUAUCGGGAAUGCUAUGCUCUGUAUAUAUACGUCUAUUGUAUCAGGAAUGCUAUGCUCUAUGUACAUACGUCUGUUGUAUCGGGAAUGCUAUGCUCUGUGUAUAUACGUCUAUUGUAUCGGGAAUGCUAUGCUCUGUAUAUAUACGUUUAUUGUAUCGGGAAUGAUAUACUGUGUAUAUAUGUUUAUAGUAUCGGGAAUGCUAUACUGUGUAUAUAUGUUUAUAGUAUCGGGAAUGCUAUACUGUGUACAUACGUUUAUUGUAUCGGGAAUGCUCUGCUCUGUGAUGAAGGUUUACAGUUCUUAUUUACACAAAGUUUUACAUUCAUUUAAAUAUAAUUUUUCAAUAAAUUUGACUAUUUUGUAUCAAA